AUGUCCAGUAACUAUCCCAAGGCACAGAACGUUUCCUGGUUGUCUAUCAACUUCAAAACACUACUUAUGUGGGAUCCUAAACCUUUCAACUAUUCAUACACUGUUGAAUAUUCUGUUAUUGGUCAGAUAAGAGAGUGGAACCAACACUGUAUUCGGACCAUGUCGACUGAGUGUGACCUGUCCAACGUUCUGACUGACCUGAAGGCCACAUACUCAGCUGAUGUCCUCUCAGAACCCCUACACAGAGUGAACUCUGACCUCACAGAGUUCCCCCACACCAGUUCGGAAGGGUUCACCCCUUACCAAGACACUCUUAUAGGCAGACCUGAGUUCAAGAUUGAGGUGAGCAAAGAUAAGAGGAAGAUCACCCUGUAUGUAGAAGACCCUCCCAUAGCCCUGUUCAAUGAGCAGAACAAACUAAAGACCAUGCGGGAUGUCUUCGCUGAUGAGCUGCAGUACAAAGUCACCUUUGGGAAAGCAACAAGCACGGGCAAGAAAACCAAGAUGUCUGCCAGCAGUGAGAUAGAGCUAGACAGGAGGGAUAUAGAGCCUGGGGUGAGCUACUGCUUUAAAGUCCAGGCCUACAUCCCCUCCCGCAGCACAGACAAACAGCUGGGAGAGCUCAGUCAAACACAGUGUUCACCGGGUGCCAAUAAGUCCUUCUUUGAAGAGUUUGGAAUCGGUGUGAUCGCUGGGUUCAUCCUCCUCGUCAUUGCGAUCAUAGUGGUGGCUAUCGUAGUCACAGUGGUGUGCUGCCGACGCACAAGGAAAGCCAACACAAGUGGGAAAGAAGGAGUGCCACUAAGAAGUGUGUAAAAAAUGUAUCAUCGACACACAAUUGGGAACACAAUGUACAGCUAAACUGGACUUUGAAAUGGAGGCUGCAGGUCAACAUUCUUCUGUGAAAUCGCACAGUGAAUAUGUUAGACAUACUGUAAUGUAUAUUUUGUUUCCGUGCAUUGCUCCAAUAUUUUCCUUUUUAUUUGUUGAGUGGCUCUUCUACUGCUGUGAAUAUUAGCUUUCAGAAACACUACCACUACCACUACCACUGCCACUACCACUACCAAUAACACUACCACUACCAAUAACACUACCACUACCACUACCAGCGUGUUUUAUAUCGUUUUUUAACUUGAUAUGAUCUUUGGGAAAAUAUAUCUUGAUUUUGGGAGACGGCUGAAAACGAAAUGAUGAUUAGUAGGAUAUAUCAUUUUUUAUGAAGAUCCCUAAUGUAUUAUGUGUAGUCAUUCUGGAAGUACUAUUUGUCCAUUUGGUUAUUUUAAGAUAUAUUUAUGUUGUAGAGCAGGGAUCAUCCACUAGAUUAAGCCGCGGGCUGAUUUUUUUCUUGAGCGGAUGGUCGGGGGGCCGGAACAUAAUUACAAAUCACUUGUAGACUGUAAAUUGAACACAAGAAGCCCAAACAGAUAGUCAUUUCAAAUCUUGCCUACAUUUGUAUCAGAUCACAUUUCUCUCUUUUAUGCGUGGGAAUACUUGGGAAAAGAUUUCUUAAAUUAAAAUCACUAGGAGCAGAUUUCCUGCUGUUUUUACAGUCUAUUAUGUCCACAAAAUAAAAGUAUUUUUUAUUUGUUUUUUUUUGCUCAGAAAAACACCCGCAGGCCAAAUUCGGUCCGCGUGCCACCAGUUGGGGACCCCUGGUUUAGAGGUUUGAGUGAUCAGUAAAUAGUAUUGUCUGGAGAUUUAAUAUAUAUUUAUACCAAACAUUUAGGCAAAUACCUAAAAGUAAAAGCCAUAAAUCAUACACUAUGGUCAAAUUCAUAGAGUACGCAAUGUAGGUCAAGUCAUCAAAAUUGCAAACAUGUAGUAUGCUUGGAAAGGGUACAUCCUGAUGGUCAUUGUAAAACACUACCACUACAUGGAAAAGGGUACAUCCUGAUGGUCAUUGUAAAACACUACCACUACAUGGAAAAGGGUACAUCCUGAUGGUCAUUGUAAAACACUACCACUACAUGGAAAAGGGUACAUCCUGAUGGUCAUUGUAAAACACUACCACUACAUGGAAAAGGGUACAUCCUGAUGGUCAUUGUAAAACACUACCACUACAUGGAAAAGGGUACAUCCUGAUGGUCAUUGUAAAACAAUGCAUUUACUUCCAAAUGACCUUGUAUGCUCCAUUUAGAUAGCUCACUUUUUUACCUUUAUUUAACUAGGCAAGUCAGUUAAGAACACAUUCUUAUUUACAAUGACAGCCUACCAGGGAA